AUGCAGAAAGCCGACACAGAGCUUCCCGCGCUCCUCGACCAGGUGCUGCCCAUGCUGGAGUGGCUGGAGAUUCGUCGCGUCUGUUUGACGCAGCGGCGGAGCAGCGAGGCCCUCCUCCGGGCGGUGUACUCCCGGUACCUUUUGAACACGCCUGCAUCGGUGCGGGCUCGCGUAUCCCGGCUCGGCAAGCGGCUGAGUGGGGCGCAGGCUGCCCAGGCCCGGGCAUCACCUGAGGCGCGGACCGCAGCCGCCGUGGAGAUCACGGUUUUGCAGCAGUGCGUGCACGUCCUCGGUGAGAACUGUGGGCGGUAUGCGGAUCUUCUGGAGCGGGUGGGAUUCACGGUCGGCGACGACCUGGAGUGCAUGUCUGAUGCUCUCCUCGAGUCGCUGGAGAAGCUCCAGGCGUUGACCGACGCCGUCACGCGACUGCGAGACGUGGCAGAAUCUCUGCCGCCGCCUGGCACAUCUUGCCGAAGAAGUGGAGCCGACGUUGGAUACCCGCUCGAAGACGACUGA